AUGGCUUUUUCACUACUACUCAGAAGGGUUAAUCUAUUGAGACCAGUUACAAAUUCGCUUCUUUCAUCACAGUGCAGUAAAUUUUUCUCUUCAAAAUCCUCACCGUUACCCCGUUACGAUAGGGGUCACUCGGUGACCGACAGGCUCCAUCUGUCACCCUUAUUUUCGGGAGUUUGUAAAGACGAUGAUAUGAAGGACUUCAAGAUUGAGGUCGUGGAUGAUGCCACGUGGCGUGUCUCCUCGGGCUUGGCCGAUGCAUGGAGAGAGAAUGACGAGAAGGAAGCUCUACAAACGAGCUGCGGUUUUACGGAUCAUGAUUAUGAUGGUAUUGAUGAUUGUGGGGUGACUAAGCCUGUGGACUUGAAUAAGAAUGAACCUGCUUUUGACGAGAUCGAGGACAUGAGGAUUCAUGGGAAACUGUUCUACAAGAUCGACAGGGACUCUAGAGAAUACGAAGAGUACAAAUUCGAUUUCCAUGGAAGGAAAUCUUCGAGGAACGAUAAAAAUCGAAGAGCAAACAGCCGAGCGGAAGAGAAAACACGGAAGAAGGACUCACCCACAGAAAUCAAGAAUACAAAUAAAGGGAGGCCGAAAGGGUCCUCAAUAGGAUUUGAUGAUGAAAAAGCUUUAUUCGACAAUCUAAAUGAAAGAGGAGACUCGUGUUUUGGUAAAAAGCAAAGAACUCUCACUUUCAACCAAAUAACGGCCCCCUACCACGAGCCCUUUUGUCUGGAUAUUUAUAUUUCAAAGGCUUCGGUUCGAGCAUGCGUGAUCCACCGAGCCACUAGCAAGGUGGUUGCCGUGUCGCACUCUAUUUCGAAAGAUAUGAAGUUCGAUUUGGGGUCGACGAAGAACAGGAGUGCGUGUACGGCUGUGGGGAGAUUGUUGGCUCAGAGGGCAUUAGAGGAUGAUAUACAUAAUGUGGUGUACACGCCGAGAAGGGGGGAAAAAUUGGAGGGAAAGAUUGGGGUUGUUGUCAAGGCUAUCGCUGAUGGCGGUGUCAAUGUGAAGGUGAAGCUCAAGCAAAAGAAAUCGGGACGGGGGAAGGGCGCUCGGCCGGGAAUUGAAGAUAGGCGUUCAUUUCAAUAG